UCACUGUACAACCUAUCAUCUGUGUACCUGCUUUCUAUGGCAGGCAACAAGCUGCACGGCCGUCUACCAUCAGACCUGGGGAAAAACCUUCCGAGCAUCAAAGAUAUUGGGAUCGGACUAAACCUGUUUAGUGGAGUUCUUCCACUGUCAUUAACUAAUCUCUCCACACUCCAGGCUAUUGAUGCUACAUCCAAUAGUUUCUCCGGGGUUGUUCCUUCUGAUUUGGGUAGGUUGCAGAAUCUUAAUUUGUUUCAGAUGGACAACAAUAUGUUAGAAGCAAACAAUGAAGAAGAAUGGGAAUUUGUUGCUUCUUUGGCUAAUUGUAGCAGAUUACAGAAGCUAGAACUUGGAUGGAAUAGGCUCAAGGGGAAACUGCCAAGUUCAUUGGCUAAUUUGUCCGCCAAUCUCCAAGUGCUACAAAUUCCAAGCAACAAAAUAUCCGGUGCCGUCCCAUUGGAUGUCGGAAAUUUGGCAAGUCUUCAGCUGGUUGACCUUUCAGACAACUUACUCAGCGGGGCCAUUCCUGAAAGCAUAGGAAAGCUUACACAAUUGAAUGAGUUAUAUCUGUCUUCGAACAAUAUCUCAGGAGUAGUACCAUCCUCCAUCGGAAAAAUCACUAGUCUAUCUAUACUUUCUGUACAUGCCAACAACUUGCAGGGUUCAAUUCCACCAAGCAUUGGAAAUUUGAGCAAGCUUUCAGUAUUGGAUCUAUUCAAAAACAAGGUUACUGGUUUUAUCCCCAAUGAAGUUGGGCACCUGUCAUCAAUCUCAAUAGAUUUCGAUUUGUCUUACAACUUGCUGGAGGGACCGCUUCCUUCAGAGGUUGGUGGUUUGGUAAAUCUCAAAGAGCUCACCCUGUCAGGAAACAAAUUGUCAGGUGACAUACCUGAUACCAUCAGUAACUGUAGAGUCCUGGAAAAACUAGCUUUGGAUGGCAAUUCAUUCCAAGGAAGCAUUCCUGUUACAUUCAACAAAAUGGCAGGCCUCACUUUCCUCAAUUUGACGAACAAUAAACUGAACGGUAGCAUCCCUGGCAACCUAGCCAGCAUUACUAACUUGCAGGAGUUGUACCUUGCCCACAAUAACUUAUCAGGAACGAUUCCAGAAUCGUUAGGCAAUCAAACCUCUCUGCUCCGCCUUGAUCUAUCCUUCAACAAUUUGCAUGGCAAAGUACCAAAAGAAGGGAUUUUCACAAAUCUAACAGGACUAUCAAUUGUUGGGAACAAUGCGUUAUGCGGCGGAGUACCACAGCUCCAUCUGCCAGAAUGCCCAAGCUCUAGUGCAAGAAAGAAUAAGAAAGGCAUGUCGAAGUCUCUUAGAAUAGCAAUCCCAACAGCAGGAGCUCCCCUGCUCUCAAUUUUUGUUGUUUGGGCUGGACUUCUUUACAGAAAGUUAAAGAAAGCAUCAAAAAAAGAAAUACCACCACAAUUCACAGAGCCCGAGCUUCCAAUAGUUCCGUACAAUGACAUAUUGAAAGGAACAGAUGGAUUUUCAGAAGCAAAUGUGCUUGGAAAAGGAAGAUAUGGUAAAGUAUACAAAUGCACUCUAGAAAAUCAAGCCACUGCUGUAGCUGUUAAGGUGUUCAAUCUCCAGGUAUCAGGGUCAUAUAAAAGCUUCCAGGCUGAAUGUGAGGCACUGAGAAGAGUGAAGCACCGCUGCCUUGUAAAGAUCGUUACAUGCUGUUCAAGCAUCGACCACCAGGGUCAAGACUUCAGAGCAAUAGUCUUUGAGUUCAUGACUAACAGCAGCUUAGACAGAUGGAUCCACUCAAAUUUUGAUAGACAAAAUGGGCAAGGAGCACUUAGCUUGUCACAGAGGUUAGAUAUCGCAGUGGACAUCGUGGAUGCUUUGGACUAUCUUCACAACGGUUGCCAGCCACCAGUCAUCCAUUGCGAUCUAAAGCCAAGCAACAUUCUUCUUAAUCAGGACAUGAGAGCUUGUGUUGGGGAUUUUGGCAUUGCUAGAGUUCUAGAUGAAGCAACAAGCAAACAACAUAUGAAUUCCAACAGUUCCAUAGGAAUAAGAGGUUCCAUCGGGUACAUUGCUCCAGAAUAUGGAGAUGGUCUUGCAGUAUCCACUAAUGGUGAUGUCUUUAGUCUCGGUAUCACUUUGAUCGAGAUGUUCACGGGAAGGAGCCCAACAAAUGAUAUGUUUAAAGAUGGGAUAAGCCUGCAUCAUUAUGCUGAGGUGGCUUUCCCAGACAAGGUUAUGGAGAUAGCAGAUGCCAACAUAUGGCUACGUGAAGGACCAAACACUAGCAAUGAUACAAGGUAUAUAACAAAAAUUAAGGAAUGUUUGUCUUCCGUGAUUCAGCUUGGUAUCCUGUGCUCAAAGCAAUUGCCCACAGAGCGGUUAUCAAUGAGCAAUGCUGCAGCAGAGAUGCAUGCUAUCAGAGAUAAAUACUCCAGUACUCAGCAACUAAGUGAUGUCAGAUCAUAUCAGUAACCAUUGUCUUAUACUGUCAUGUUUCUCAUGAAUGUAUUGUUAGAGUCUAUAAUACAUUUUCUUCUUUAUAUAUUCCAGUCUUUAUCAAUGCCAGUGUAGUAUUGCCAUAUCAUAUGAACAAUAAUAGUGCCAGAAAAUUUUGGUGUUCUCAUGGUUAUCAGCAAUAACAAAAACAUAUGUUCUAGGUUUUAGCA